CACCAGACCCUCAUUCCUCUUCCCGGAGUUCUCAUUCCACCGCCGUAUCGCCGAAGCCUCGCCGCCGCAGCUGGUGAAGUUCUCAGGCGUGGGUGGUGCUGCCAUUCUCUUCAAGAAUCAGAUUGCUCUGGAUUGCUUCGCUUGUUUGUUUGAAGAAUCUACUGCAAAAAUGGGCGGCGGUGGCCGAAUGUCAGUUCCUCCGACCACCAAAAAAUCAGAGGCCGAAAGCCUCAAACGAGUACCAUACACAAAACCACCAUUCACACUUAGCCAACUCAAAAAAGCCAUUCCACCCCAUUGUUUCCAGCGUUCUGUCAUUCGCUCAUUCUCCUAUGUCGUUUUCGACCUUACCAUUGCAGCCACUAUCUACUACAUUGCUGCUCGUUACAUCCCCCUCCUUCCUCAUCACCCUCUUUCUUACCUAGCUUGGCCCAUUUACUGGUUCAUCGAGGGCUGUGUUCUAACUGGAGUUUGGGUCAUAGCCCACGAGUGUGGCCACCACGCCUUUAGUGACCACCAAUGGCUCGACGAUACCGUUGGUCUAGUCCUUCACUCUUUCCUUCUCGUCCCUUACUUUUCAUGGAAAUACAGCCACCGUCGUCACCAUUCCAAUACAGGCUCUCUUGAACGAGAUGAAGUCUUUGUUCCCAAGAAAAAGUCAGCCAUGAAAUGGUACUCCAAAUACCUCAACAACCCACCAGGCAGAUUCCUCACCCUCACCAUCACGCUCACCAUGGGCUGGCCUCUUUACUUGGCUUUCAAUGUCUCGGGCCGGCCCUACGACCGCUUCGCCUGCCACUUCGAUCCACACGGCCCAAUCUACUCGGACCGUGAGCGAGCCCAGAUAUACCUCUCUGAUGUGGGCAUUCUGGCAAUGUGUUUUGGGCUUUACAUACUUGCUAUGGCGAAUGGGUUGGCUUGGGUUCUAUGCGUGUAUGGUGGUCCAUUGUUGGUGGUCAAUGGGUUUUUGGUGUUGAUCACGUUCUUGCAACACACUCACCCAUCAUUGCCUCAUUACGAUUCUUUCGAGUGGGAUUGGCUUAGGGGAGCUUUGGCAACUGUGGACAGAGAUUACGGUUUGUUGAACAAGGUUUUCCAUAACAUCACGGACACUCAUGUGGCUCACCACUUGUUCUCUACCAUGCCUCAUUAUCACGCCAUGGAGGCCACAAAAGCUAUCAAGCCAAUACUAGGAGAGUAUUACCAAUUUGAUGGGACACCGGUGUACAAAGCCAUGUGGAGAGAGACCAAGGAGUGUGUUUUUGUUGAGCCUGAUGAAGGCGAUGACGGUGACGCCCAAGGUGUCUUCUGGUACAACAAGCUUCGGGAUUGAACAAAGUAAAUUUAUUAACUGAAAUUGCAGGUGGGAUGAAGUCAGAACUUAGCACAAUUGCCCAUCAAAAACCUAAGAAGGGAGAGAUCAGAGUUAAUAUUUCUCGAGAGUCAUAGUAGGUUUGUCCCUUGCUAUCAUGCCAAGGGUUGUUUUGGUUAUUUUUUUCUUGUUUAAUUAGAAUUAAGUAACUCUGUUAAAUUACCGUAUCUCAUAAUGUGUCCAACCAAUAUAAUACUGACACCUGAUAUUACUAGAGGAGUUUACAGCUUUUUAAUAAAAGAAAAAUUAAAUUAUGUGUCAAUAUUAUAAUUGUUAGACACAUUAUGGGAUAUCGUAAUUUGACAGGUGAUCUUGAUUCGUCUAGAAAAUAUAUUAUACUACGUGCAUCCUACAAAAAUUAAGAAGAUAGAUAAAGAUGAUCAAUCAAAAGUGUAGUUUUGAGGUUGGUUGGUUUUGUCUUUGAAAGUGGUUUUUAUUUUUAUUUUUGAUUUUUUGAUUUUUGGUUGAGUGGCUACCUCUGUUUAAUAUCAUUGAAAUAAAGUUUUGAGUUGUAUUAAGGUCA